GUAUUACCAACAUUAGGAAAAUUUUAGUUAGAAGAUCGUACACUUGAUAUAAGAAUUUAACUCUAAAAAUACGAUGUUUAACACAGUCUAAAAAUAUAUAUUAUUAUUUGUACAUUCAAAACUAAAUUUUGAAUAGAAACUGCAGAAUGUCUCUUCUGCGCAAAGGACAGCAUUGGGGUACUUUUGCAUGUGUUUGGCACAUUUUCGAUGCAACUUGGCAAAACCCAUAUAGAAGUGCACAUUUGAUAAAAAAAUACCUUAUGGGAUUAUACAAACCUAUAUAUCAUCCCAUGAAUCAGUGUGGUGACCAUGUAAUAGUAAUAAAUAGCAAAGAAAUUGCAUUGCGUGGAAAUGAGUGGCAAAAGCGAGUAUAUUUUCAUCAUACUGGAUUCCAUGGUGGAGCUACUUGGACUCUUGCAUGGGAAUUACAUAGUAAAGAUCCUACUAUGAUUGUUAAGAAAGCAGUUUAUACAGCAAUGGAUGGAACUCUGCAAAGAAGAUAUACCAUGCAGAGGUUACACGUUUUUCCUGAUGAUAACGUACCCAAAGAAAUGUUAGAUAAUGUUACUAAUCAGAUCAAACAAUUAAGAUCUGUUCCAGUUAAACUGUAUGAUAUUCCACAAGAGGAAAGAGAUAAAAUUCCACGACUUAUAAAAUAUCCUAGUGAUUAUCAGCUCAAAUAAAGUUAUAUAUAUAGAUUUAAAAUAAAUUAUCAUAUUAUUUCAAAAAAUUUGUUUGCUUCAUUUUGAUAAAUUGUCACAUGAAAGUACUGGGAAGAUAUUGAAAAAUAAAACAGUAAAAUU